CUCACCAGAGUCACAAAUAUUGAUACUUCCGGAUAGCGAUGUGGGAUUUAUUCACAUGUGCUUAUUUGUUAUCAUUUGAAUAAAUACAGACCUUUCAAUGUCAAAUAUUUAAAUAAACACAAGAAAACCAAGCAGUUACCACUCCUCUUGUUUGUAAUAGUCGCCAUACCGGCUUACGACCCUCGCGACGAGAUCUUCUAGAAUCGUCUGGAGACACUUCGAUUUUUCCACAUUAAUCUUGACAAGCGUCGAAGAAUUACUGAACAAACCUAUGCGUGCGCAAUUAUGAUGAGAAGUGCGGUAUAUAUUGAGUAACUCUUCAGCUGUGUGGAAGUCAGAAUUAGUUGAUAUCGAGACAGCGCCUAUUCCAGGAGUAACGGGACUGAGUAUAACUCGCCAUGGCAGCACCUGGUGACGACGGCAAUGGAGGCCCAUCUAGAAUCCCAAAAGACAUGAAGAGUCUUCUCCAGUUCUGUGUGCAGGCCACACAAGCCGAGGAUCCUACGACCUCAGCAGAUUUUAGCCAGAUGUCUGAUGAGCGGAAGGAAUGGCUGGAGAAGGCGCUGACCGACAUGAGUGUGAGCCCAGUGGAGAGAAUGCAGCUGUGUGUCCGUGUGGUCAAGAUGGAGGGCGACAGCGAUGAUGGUGUGGAGAAGAAGGUAACUGCCCUGGAGGAGAUUACCGAGUGGGCAGAACAGAUCGACUUCGCUAUAGACUUUCACAAGAUUGGUGGAUUUGAAAUCCUGCCUGUUCUGCUAAACAGCGAUGUUGCGGAACUGCGAUGGACAUGCCUAGACCUGAUCGGAACAAUGACACAGAACAACCCGUACUGUCAGGCGGCUGUCCUGGAGGCGGACCUCCUCCCCACACUGCUGCAGCUGCUGGACUCUGACCUUGACCCUACUGUCAGGACCAAGGCCCUGUAUGCCAUCUCAUGUUUAUCUCGGGAGAAUUGUGAAGCCCAGAAAGUCUUUGUGGACAAGGAUGGUUUCUCUGUGUUGAUGCGGGCGAUGCAGGCAGAUGUGGAGAAACUCAAGAUAAAGUCAUCCUUCUUCCUCACUCACCUGUGCUCCAACCGACCAGCUUAUAAAGACAUCCUGUGCGAUAUUGGCAUGAUUGACCAGCUGGUCGGCCACCUGGGAGAGGACCACAGCCAGCUACAUGAACAUCUGAUGAGCGCGCUGCUGAUGAUUGUCACGGACCACAGUCGAGCAGUUGCGGAGUGUCGGAGACCGGAGCUGCAGCUGCACCAACUGCUGAAAGACAGGAUACAGCUGGUCAAAGACAAGGAAGAGUUUCAGGAGGAGGAACAGUAUGCCACCCAGCUGCUGCGCAUCAUCUCGGAGGGGGACUCGACUGUGGACUGCGGGGCCAGGUGAAGCCGGCUGGGGCAGGUCAUGGGAUGUCACGGGAAGGAUGCAGCACACACAUGGUUGAUUCAGUAACCGGACUGCCCAGCCUCCAGCAGCCGUGAUGGCAGGACUCAAGGAGGCUUGUGAUGUGUUGAUUUUGUUGCUGAAGCUACAAGUGACUUGAUGUGCAGCGUUAACCAUGGGGGAUGUUCCCUCUGGGGAUGCUCGCUCUCCUGUUGUGUUAUCUGCCAUGCUAUUGCUGGAUUAUUGCUGAUGAUGUUGUAAAAAACACUAAUGAUGUAAAAACUGUUUUGACGAUUUGUGGCUGUUACUGUGACACUGACAGGACAUGUUGCACUUUGUUACCAUGGUUACUGUGUGGAUGUGUGACUUAUCGUGAGGCUUACAGGACAUCUUGCCUCACUUUGUUACCAUGGUUACUGUGUGGAUGUGUGACUUAUCGUGAGGCUUACAGGACAUCUUGCACUACUUUGUUACCAUGGUUACCUUGAGUGCCCCAUUUCAAUCACUGAUAGCAGGAACGUCACAAGCUCCAACGUUCGUAGUUAGGCCUUCACUAUAGGAAUGUUUAAGCUCCAGUGAACUCACACAAAGUGAAAGUCAUCUCUUAUAAUUCUUUCUAUCACUAUUUUGUACCUCGAGGGAUUUUUCCACAAUUUCCUUUAGUAUGUGGGACUUCCUCUUUACACCGACAGCCACACAACCAGUUGUAUCGCAGGAUGCAGACAAAAUGACAGCACAUGAGCACACCAAUUUCUCUUCAUUAACAGGGGCGGUCGGGUAGCCUAGUGGUUAAGCAUUCGCACGUCACGCCUAAGAUCCGGGUUCGAUUCCCGACAUGGGUACAAUGUGUGAAGCCCAUUUCUGGUGUCCCCCGCUGUGAUAUCGCUGGAAUAUUGCUAAAAGCGGCGUGAAACGAUAUUCACUCACUCUUCAGUAACAUCUAUUGUAGUUACAACAAAGAGAUUUAUUUAAUAUCAGCUGAUGAGGAAUGUCUGUUAUGAACUAACUGUAAGACGUUAAAAUAGCCAACAUGAUCCAUCUGAUGGGCGAGAUUUCCAAAGUUGUCAAUGAACCUGUGACAAUGGGGCAUUAAUCUUCAUUGAUCGUUUGGCCGAUCUUUCAAUGUGUCAAAUGGAUACUUAGGUAAAUUGAUAGAUUGCUUUAGAAUGUUGAGGACUGUCCGUCUAGGAACAGAUCGAGUCGAUGGUUUCAGUGUUCGUGGCUUGAUCAUGUUCACCCUGAUGGGCCGUAGCGACAAUGGUUUUAUCACAGACUUGCAAAAUGCUGACCUGAAGAUUAAAGUGUCCAAGUGAUAAGAAA